AUGUCCAAACCGCCCUUUGACCUAGAUCCCACCGAUCGCAUCCCGACUUAUGAGGAGGCCGUCGCAGUCUCAACUAAAGCAGCAGCAGCAGCAUCAUCAUCAUCCCCGGGCUCAAGACAGCGAACGGCGUCGAGCAGCACCUCGUCGAUCCGCCAACAACGUACUCGACGGAUCUACGAGUUGGUCGUAGAAUCUCUCAUACCGUGUUUUGCAACUCAUGUCUCCAACCUGUGCAACCAUCUUACCAUUAUUGUCGUCCCAGCGGACAACAAUCUGCGGGCAACAAGGACUCUGACCGAACAGAAUGUUGUUUCUCCUUCGUUACCGAGUCACCAGACCACUGGGGUCGUCAUUACCCUUUCAGGAACAGAGAACCACUCCUCCUUCUGGACGCAGCAAGCAGUGGUUGAGGAACUGGAUCUUUUGCUGCGGAGGGAGCUUUCCAAUCCGUCCGCGUCUGCGGCAGAGAGUGAGACACAAUCUGAAAGCCUGAACGAGAAAUCUCAACCUCCUCAAUCACAACUUCCACCACCACCACAGUUCCAAGUCCAGCCGGCACCGGAAACUCAACUACCACCCCGUCCCACCAAGUCAUCAUGGUUCAAACGUGCCUUUGCUCUUCCCGGGCCAGACCACGAUCCCACAGGUGAGACAGGCAAAUGGAAUCUUGGAUGGCGCAGUCCCGAGCAGUCCUCUGAAUCGAGCAUCGGAGACAGUAGUAAUUCAACGUCGAAAAGACGCGAGGGGAGCAACAGGACACUCCAGACAGAUGAGGUGGCUGUGCAAACCAGAUUACACGAUGUGAGUUUUCGGACAGAAAACGACAUGGGGCUUUUGGAGACGACCACGGUCAAGUGCAUCUGGAUAGAAAUCGAGGUUGGCCUAUAG